AGGGAGCCCUCAUCCCUAUGGUGACCCGUUGGGCUUUAGUAUAGUCGCUGCUUAUCUCAUGUAGGGUGACGUCAGUGAGAGGAAUAGAAGCAGCGAUAGUACGAGCGGCGGCCGGGGUCUAGUACUGGGGAUCAGGGCACGCCACUGGCACUUCCUUAGAUCAUACAAAUCGGAAAUUCACUGGGUAUUCCAAUUGCACUGGGUGCGGCGUCAUAAAAGAGGAAAUGAGAGAUAUAAGGGGCUCGGCUGAGCAUCACAUCACAUAUCACAUCACAUAUCACAGCACAAGAGCCCAGAGUGCGAGCGAGAGCUGUGAAUCCCGUGCGUGUGGGCGUGCGCAGGGGCGGUGCCUAUUAUAAAGUACAUGGACACAUUCCAUUGAGCUCGUUCUGCCUUCUCAGUAUGACUGACCGAAUGGAAGAGGAGACCCGUGCGGUGCUGGAGGAGUUUCUCCGACGCUGUAUCAGUCCGCACGAUGAGUCGCCGCUCAGUCCCGCCGCUCAGACCCUACUCAGGGUGGUCAGUGAGUCCAUGGAGCCCAAUCGCUCCCCCAUUGAAAGUCGCUGCGAUCAAAUCACUGCAGAACCCGCCACCAUUCUAAGGACUGUAGCAGCUCAGAUGCCUUUGGACGGGGGACUUAACUGGGGUCGAGCCGUGGCUCUGAUUGGCUUCGCCGGGUUCUUGACACAACAGAGAGGGGAGCGCAAGGCUGGGACCCCCGAGGAGCUGGCCGAGGUGCUGAGCCACUUCCUGGCAGUGGAACACAAGGACUGGCUGAUCACUAUCGGAGGCUGGGACGGUUUCUGCAAAUACUUUGCUAAAAAGAGGACUCAGCGGGCCCAGGAGAACAGCACCAUUUCCAAUGCUUUAAUGGCAGCAGCUGGCUUUGGCCUUGCAGGAUUGGCCUUCAUCUUGGCUGUACGGUGAAGCCUGAACCAAAGACCGAAUGACAUUUCAUUGAGGACUUUUAACCAUGAGCAGCUGUAAAAGACACAUCAAGUGGAAAGUUCAUUUAGAACAUUGUCAUAUUCCUUGUAAUAUUGUCACUGUGUUCUUUUAUUAAAUACAAACAAAACCAGAA